AUUUAAAUUUCUUUAUAAAGUCGACCACGGAAAAAUUGGGUAAGGAUAACAGGAAAGAAGUGCUAUAUCAAUAAGCGAAGUAAUGAAUACGAAAAGAACUGAAAUGGAAAAUGGAAUUAGCUGAGGGCAAGUUUAUUUUGUUGUUGAUUAAGCCAUGUGGGAGGAGCUAUGUCGAUGAUUGGCGGAGAGGACUGCUAGUUCAUUGGUCGCUGCUUGGAUAUUGAUAUAUCUUUUUAGGGCAGUUAGCGGAAAACGUCAACAGUUCGGAGUAUGCUAGUCACACCAGACAUGACCAGCUGUAGGCCUUGGUUUCCUGCAUAUCGUCAAAACCCUCUUUUUCCUUUACAUCUUCCUUUACCUCAACCUAUAACUCCUUCUCCUCCAAUUACCAAAUCUGACGAAGAGGAUAACAGUCCUGAAGGCAAGCGUCGUAGAACAAGAACAAACUUCAGCGGAUGGCAAUUGGAACAAUUAGAAAUAGCUUUUCAGGAUAGCCACUAUCCAGACGUUUUUAUGAGAGAAGCCCUCGCCCUUAAACUCAACCUAGCCGAAUCACGAAUACAGGUGUGGUUUCAAAAUAGACGUGCAAAGUGGCGCAAAAAGGAAAAUACGAAAAAAGGUCCUGGUCGACCCCCUCAUAACGCCCAUCCGCAAACCUGCAGCGGCGAACCGUUGACGAAGGACGAAUUAGAAAGAAGGGAAAACGCUCGAAUGGAAAAGAAACGGAGGAAACAACAAGAAAGAAAGUUACAUCAAAAAUCUGGCGGUGACUCAAAUGGUGAAAGAGAAGACGAAGACGUUGAUGUUGUCGGAGGUGUUGAAGAACCUGAUGUUUCACCAGAUUGGAAAAACUCUUUCAGUAUAGCUAGUCUCUUACAAGCCGAUAAAGUUCCACGAGGACGGCGGCCCAACUGCAAAUACCCUCGCGUACAAGCUUGUAAAACUCAACCUUUAGCCGCUCUUGGUAUGUUCCAUCCACUCUUCCCCAUCACCCAACCAGCCGGCUUCCAAAUUCAAGCGCCUCCCGUUUCGGAAUAAGAAGAAAAGUGGCAAAGUAUAUAUAAAGGAGUCGGAUCAUUUUUCUUUGCAAUAAUUGUUUUGGCGCUUGAAGCACGCCGCUCCAAAGUGUACACAGCGGUUCGAAUUUAAUUUCAUUUAUUAAGUGUUUGUCCAUACAACUCGAGUUUCGCUAUUGACCGUUCUAAUCGUGCACCUGCUGCGAAAAGAAGAAAAAUUGCCGGUAUAAUUAUAUAUUCAUCAAUCUAUAUGUAUUUAGGUCAUGAGUUAAAUUAUAUACUGUACAUAUGUAUCACAUCACGUUUGAAUAUAUAUAGAAGAGAAAAAAAAAUGGUAUAAAUUAUACGUAAAUAGAUGAGUGUAAUGCGCAACUAACGCCCUAUAGUGUCAGAACAAAUCCACCAAUUUCCGUUGCAGUAUUCCGCCGAUUAUUGCAGUCUUUCACUCGGCCACGCCGUCGUUACCUUUUCCUGAUUGAAUAAAUAUUCGAACGAGCUCGGCGAAGCGAAUAGGCGGACACUUGUUCAUACAUACAAAUGCCGGAACGGCUUAUCAUAUGCAUGGGGCGGUUUUAUUCGAUCGACGCUCGUCGUCUCGGUCCGUCGGCGUCGAGUUAAACGUUCAUUACGAAAUACUCGGCCCCAUCUGCCUUCCAGUUUUCCCCUUCGUAUCGUUUUCUAUAUCUUCCGGCGUCUAUUUUGACGUUCGACGACCGAAAUGCUCGCCAAUGGCUUCGGGCUAAUUGAAAGGCAAUGAAGAAUGCGACUCUCAAUGGACUUGCUCGUUUACCAGAAACCCAUCAACUUUUCUUUCUAUUUAUUUUUGCUCAUUGCUUU